AUGUCCGCUGCAGCGCCGCCUGCCUCACUGCCUCGCACCUCUUCCACCCGCCGACAGCAGCCCUCCUACCCUCCCUCCUCCUCCGAUCGCGAUCGCGACCGCGACCGUUCACACCGUCCGAGCUCCUCCCACCGCUCGGCGGCUCCCGCUUCCUCGCCCAGGAGGUCAAUGUCCUCGUCGCAGCCUCCGCCCAACUCGACCGCUUCGCACAGCCGCAAUCCCUCCAAUAACCUCGACAAGGUUGUCCGUCAGGAUUUCGAGCAGACGAACGUAGCCCGCAUAGACAACCCUCGACCCAGCGAAUCCCGCGAUGCUCCCAUAAAUGGUGGUGCAGCGGCACAUCCGCCGCGCAGCGACAGCAUGAGAAACAACGGCAGCCAUGCGCGGACCCAAUCGCGCUACGCUGACCAGCCUACUCCCGCGCCAACCACCCAAUCCGCUGAGACCCGGUCUGGCAACACUCAGAAUCUUAGGAGGAGGACAACGAUCGAUGCUACCACCGGCCAUUGGGAGCUGGGCAAGACCAUCGGUGCGGGGAGUAUGGGCAAGGUCAAGUUGGCACGGAACAAGGAGACCGGCGAGCAGGUCGCUGUGAAGAUUGUUCCUAGGCAGAGCACCGACACCGAGCACCGGACGCCACAGGAGCGCGAGCGAGCAGACCACAGCAAGGAGGUCAGGACUGCAAGAGAAGCUGCCAUCGUAACCCUGGUCGACCACCCAUAUAUCUGCGGCAUGCGGGAUGUUGUACGGACAAACUAUCAUUGGUACAUGCUGUUUGAGUAUGUCAAUGGCGGCCAGAUGCUCGACUACAUCAUCAGCCAUGGGCGCCUAAAAGAGAAGCAGGCCCGGAAGUUUGGCCGGCAGAUCGCGAGCGCCCUGGACUACUGCCAUCGCAACAGCAUCGUACAUCGCGAUUUGAAGAUCGAAAACAUCCUCAUCAGCAAGACGGGAGACAUCAAGAUCAUCGACUUUGGUCUUUCAAACUUGUUCAGCCCUCGCAAUCACCUGAAGACGUUCUGCGGGAGCUUAUAUUUUGCCGCUCCAGAGCUGUUGCAAGCAAGGCAAUACACCGGGCCCGAGGUGGACGUUUGGAGUUUUGGAAUUGUUCUGUAUGUGCUUGUGUGUGGAAAGGUGCCAUUUGACGACCAGAGCAUGCCGCAGCUUCACGCCAAGAUUAAGAAAGGCGUAGUAGAGUAUCCUCCGUGGUUGACUCCAGGUAGGUCAGCUCAUCUGCGGUAUUGAGUCUAAGCUGACACGUAACAGAAUGCCGCGGCUUGAUUGCCCGCAUGCUCACCACCAACCCGCAGGAUCGAGCGACAUUACAAGAGAUUAUGAACCACCCAUGGAUGACGAAAGGGUUUAGUGGUCCACCGGACAACUACUUGCCCGUACGAAAGCCAGUGCAACUACCUCUGGAUCAGUCUGUGAUCGAGAAGAUGACUGGUUUUGAUUUUGGCGACGCGGAAACAAUAACUGGCCAACUUAUGAAAGUCAUUGAAUCCGAAGACUAUCAACGUGCAGUCCGUCUACAGGAGAAGCAGAAAUACCAGCAGCCUCCGGAAACUGACACAAAAAGGGGUGUCUUCAACUUCUACAAGCGCAGAAGUUCGACGACGAGUAGAGACACUCUGAACACGCCUUCGAGCGAGGCUUUGCAACUUGGCUCUGAUCCCGUCAACGCUUUCCAUCCUCUGAUCUCAAUCUACUAUCUGGCAAUAGAGAAGCAAGAGCGAGAGGCCAGAGAGAAGAAUCCUGGCGCACUUUCAUUGCCGCAAGAUCAGGGCGAGAAGCCUCUGGCAGUUCCAGACCUGCCCGCGCCCGAAGCAGCCUACACAAACACUUCGACAUACGAGAUGGCCGGUGAGAAGCCAACUGGCGGCAGAUCGAGACCUCGAGCAAGGACUCACGGCGAGGACGAUGUAGCGCAAGACCUGAAGAAUGUCAACCUGAACGCAAGCAAGCCUGCGCAUCCGACGAUUGUAGAACCGACGGCCGAGCAGAAGCCAACUCAUGCGAGGAAAGAAAGUGCUGCUGCAGGCCUGCUUCGAAGAUUCAGCAAACGCGAGAAGGGAGAGAGGCCUAGCCAUCCACCUUCCUCCCUGGACAAGUACAAUUCUCCUGGUGAAACGCCAAAGAAGAGCUUUAGUAUGAGGCGGACACGAGAGCCCAGCCAGACAAGGGAAACGACUCGACCGGAGACCGCAGCGAGCAAGCGAAGCGAACUUCUCACGCCUCCAGCCAUGGGUGAUUCGACCAACGAACGCAAACGCUCUCAUGGAUUGGGGCGAUCUAUCAGUGUGAACUCGAGCGACAUGAGGAGACGUUUGACUAGGCGUGGCGUCUCCGAAGGCUCAUCGACUAGGCCGUUGAUGGGUGCUUCUGGCAGCAUAGAUCGCAAGGUAUCGUUCGACCAAGGCAGCAGCGUAAAGGACCCUGCAUCUGACGUCGAAUCGACCCGACCUUCUACUACUCUCGCUAGCCGAGCGAAGUCUAUUGGACACUCUCGCAAGGACAGUAUGCAGAUGCGGCGCGCCAGACGUCAGGAUACUCGGACAGCCGACGUGCCCGAGGAGACGGAUCAGGAGAUGCUCGACGAGACGUACACCAAGGGGAAUGGCGGCAGCAGUUUGACUGGCAUGAAGCCCGUGUACCUCAAGGGAUUCUGGAGCUCUUCAACCACAACGAACAAGCCAUUGGACGUGAUUCGGGCGGACAUUAUCAGAGUGCUGAAGGAGUUGGGUGUUGAAUAUAGGGAGAGUAAGGGCGGUUUCAGCUGCAAGCAUGCACCUAGCAUCGUGGCUAACAACGCGGAAGAAUCCGCCGCACCGUCCGCAGCUCAACUGAUGAGCCCGUCAUUAGAGCCCCCCGGACACCGACGAAAGAUCAGCUUUGGAGGUUUCCGCGACCGCAGUACCACAGGCGAUCGAGAAGGUCAGUCAUCAGGUGGACCACGCAAGAAGCCUAGCUACACCAACUCCGAAGAGGAUUCCGAGGAAGACCCGCUUACCCCACGUCCUACAGCCACUGGAUCGCGGCCUGCUGGAGAAACGAGUACACAUGUCCAGGCUGACAUGGGCGGCGACAUGACGCUGCGAUUCGAAAUCGUCGUCGUCAAGGUACCGCUCCUCAGCUUGCACGGGAUCCAGUUCAAGAAGGUUGAAGGCGGGACAUGGCAGUACAAGAACAUGGCGCAAAAGAUUUUGAACGAGUUGAGACUAUAA